AUGAUUUAUUAUUUAUUACUCGAGAAUUUUAAGGAAGUGUUAGCGAAGAAUAUUGGUGCGAAGGUUCUUCUCGCGGCAGUGACUCAUCCUCUCACCUGUGUGAAAACGCUCAUUCAGCUUGGUCACGAACCAUUCCCGUUGUCAACCGGAAAAACACUGAUUGUUGCUGGACGUAAUGCCUAUUUCCUCCCAAACGCGUUUAGCUAUGCUAGCCAGUUGGCACAUGCACGUGGUAUGGGCGUGCUAUUCACGGGAAUUGAUUCUGCCAUAUGUUCUAUCAUUAUUCAGGGAAUAACAUCCUAUCAAACGAGAAAGUACAUUGACACCUACUAUCCGGAAAUUGGUGGUAAACCUGAAAACGAGAAUGAGGAGGAGAAGUCCAUUACUAAUCAUCAGUCUCUAAAACGACAUUUGCGCGGAGCAAUUCGUGAGUCUUUCGUUCGUGUGGUAACUUUGACAGUAGCUAGACCGUUAACAGUGGCGAUGAUUCGUCAGAUUGCACAACUUAUCGGAAGUGAAACCAAAUACCGUGGAGUAGUGCCAACCAUACAUGUUAUCGGCCUUGAGGAAGGUCCUCCUGGUUUGUUUAGCGGUCUUGUACCACAACUAGUGGGAGAAGUUAUUGUUGUUUUUGGUACUGCUGCACUCGUGUUUGCAGCAGAGAGAGCGUUCGUUCAUUCUGGUAUGUAUGAGAAGAAGGAUGAAAAGAGUGUAAAGGUAAGAGGGUUUGAUCAAUUGUUUAAAUCGUGCUGUGGCCUUGCUGUGUCUUUCCUUCCAUAUGCACCAUCAUUUGUGAACUGGCAUUCCGCAUGGGAUUAUUUAUCACCUUACGGUUUGAAGAGGGGAGCUCGAUUGUUCCUUCGUGAGCAAUGUGGAGCCGUGUCUGUUGGCCCAGAUCAUCAACUGUACGCAAAUAACAAAUAUUUCACACAAAUAUAG